AUGAUUAUGAAAGGAGCCAAACAAAGUCGUAUAUCCAAACAAUUUUCUCCGGUUUCAUGUGAUUCUCAUCUGCAAACCUUAAGAGAAUCUGCUGUCAAAGUUGCUUCAAGCGAAGACCUUCUGAUUCAGAUCCUGUUGAAAGUCCCCAUCAAGGCGCUUAUGGGCUUCAAAUGUGUUUCAAAACAGUGGUCAUCUCUCAUUACUAAUCCGCACUUUGUUCAUCUUCGUAGCCCUCUACCGUCGGCAUCUUCCCUCUUUUUCAUCAGUUCCACCCGCAAACGAAAGAACCCUGACUACCAGUUCAUUCCUCUUGAUGUUGGCGAUGAAUGGCGGACCCCCUUCAAAAUUCUUGACUUCAUUCAUGACCCUUUAGGCUCAGGCAUAUCGGUUUUACAGUCUUGCAAUGGCCUGUUGUUAUGUGCUAGCUUUCGAGCACAUGAAUUAAGUCGGAGAUAUUAUGUUUAUAACCCCACCACUAAGCAAUUUGCUAUCCUCCCUCAAAUUGGAAGUCAAUAUGCAGAACAUGUUUGUGGUAUGAAUUUAGCCUUUGAUCCUGUAAGAUCGCCUUAUUACAAAGUUGUUUGUGUUAGACGCGUUGGUAAUCUGUUUCAGAUUGAGAUAUACUCAUCUGAAACUCAAUUGUGGAGAGUCUCUGGUAAACCUUUUACUGCACCAGAGUAUACAGAAUUCCAAAAUUGUAUAUAUUGGAAUGGUUCUGUUCACUGGUGGAGUGGUUCUUUUCACUGGUCGAAUGGUAUCAUCUACGGUGGUCACUGGAGAGACGUGCCAUAUACUUUGUACUUCAAAGUUGACGAAGAGAGUCUUGAAAGAUUGCCAUCACCUAAGAAGCCAAACUACCUAGUACCUAAGUAUGUUGGAGAGUCUGAGGGUCACUUGCAUCUUGUUGAGUUUAAAUACACUAUUUUAUUAGAUGUUUAUGAGAUGGCAAGAGAUUACUCUGGCUGGUUUGUGAAGUAUCAGCUGGAUCUAUAUGCAAUUUCUAAUGUUUACCCCGAAAUAAUCAGGGAGAAUAAAACCUAUGCAUAUCAUAUAAUUUCACUAUUGCGGAAAGGAAAAGAAGAAGAAGAAGAUGGAUCUUUCUUGGUUUUAGAGAUAGUUGGUGGUAAGACUGUCCGUUACAACCUUGUGGAUAAAAGUGUGGAGAAGCUAUGGGAAUUUGCUCCAGGUUAA